AUGAGCUACAACGAUGAUCGACAAGAAGAUUAUCUAAAAGAGUAUAUAAAGAAGCAAACAGAUGAAACACAAUGUGAUAUUUGCUUUGAACUCAUUACAAAUAACGAAUUUUUGAAGCACUUGGAAGAUUGUGCAGAGAUGAAUAAAGUCAGUGGAAUGAAGAAAAAGGCAAUCUUCUACCGAUUCAUGUCUUCUGAGUACUCUAUCAAUCAGCAAUUUUCCGCUUUACGAGAAAAAUUGGAGCUGGAGAUCAUGACCUCCGAUUUCGAGAGCGUUUUCAAACAAGAAGGAGAAACAAUUGUUGGAAAGACUAUGGCUCAUUUCGGGAGUUAUCUCUAUUUGGAGAAGCAAUUGGGUCUUGAAGAGAUCGAGAAACGAUACGAAGAGUCAGACAAAUUGGAAGAAGAGAAAUCAAAGUUUUUUAAUGAGAGAAGCGCAGAAAAUCUAGAAGAGUACCGCCUCAAGAAGAAAAGUGUAAAAGAGGAACUUCAAAAUCAAUUGAAACGAAUGAUGGAGUAUGUUAUGAAGAAAAAGGAUACAACACAUUUAACUUUAUGA